UGAGAACGUCCAUUGUAUGCUCAUAGCUUGAGCGCGUUAAUGAAAUGCGCUACUGUAGGCUCUAGCUGGGAGUGAUCAUAUGUGGGCAGGAUCCAGGGCUCUUAAGCACAUGUGACAGGACCGAGUCGGUUUAUUGAGACAUUUAUAACGACUCCACUGUUAGAGAACCUCAUUAUCACAAGAACAUAGGCAGAUAGAAAGAGACAACGAAAGAUGGACAUUAAGGACCAAGGAGCUCAAAUGGAGCCUCUUCUGCCAACGGUAAUCACUCCUGGGGAGGGCAGAAAUGUGAGGAGCGAUGAGGAGGCCGUGGUCGACAGAGGUGGCACCAGGUCCCUGCUGAAAACCAACUUUGAGAAGGAAGAACUGGAAGGUCACCGGACGCUCUACAUCGGCGUGCACGUUCCCCUGGGCCGGAAGCCGCACCGGAGACACCGGCACCACGGGCACAGGCACCGGAAGAGGGACAGGGAACGUGAUUCGGGCGUGGACGACGGCCGCGAGUCGCCCAGCUACAACACCCCGUCACAAAGAGUGCAGUUCCUCUUGGGGACCGAAGACGAUGACGAAGAGCACAUCCCUCACGACCUCUUCACCGAGCUGGACGAGAUCUGUCUGCGUGAAGGGGAGGACGCGGAGUGGAGGGAGACCGCCAGGUGGCUGAAGUUCGAGGAGGACGUGGAGGACGGCGGGGAGCGCUGGAGCAAGCCCUACGUGGCCACGCUGUCCCUGCACAGCCUGUUCGAGCUGCGCAGCUGCAUCCUCAACGGCACCGUGCUGCUGGACAUGAGAGCGAAUUCGCUGGAGGAGAUCGCAGACAUGAUUCUGGACCAGCAGGACUCCUCAGGCCCGUUGGAGGAGGACGUCCGGAAGAAGAUCCGAGAUGCGCUCCUCAAGCAGCACCACCACCAGAACCAGAAGAAGCUGGCCAAUCGGAUCCCCAUUGUGCGCUCCUUCGCUGACAUCGGCAAGAAACAGUCAGAGCCCCACUCCAUGGACAAAAACGGUCAGAUGAUCCCCCCUCAACCUCAGCCUUGCUCCACUGAGGGGAAGGGUGAUGUCAGCCGGGAGAACAGUGCAGUGGACUUCAGCAAGAUAGACCUGCACUUCAUGAAGAAGAUUCCCCCGGGUGCUGAAGCAUCCAACAUCCUGGUGGGAGAGCUGGAGUUUCUGGACCAUCCCGUGGUGGCGUUUGUGCGCCUCUCACCUGCAGUCUUGCUGAACGGACUAGCGGAGGUUCCCAUCACCACCAGGUUCCUGUUCAUUCUGCUGGGGCCACUGGGGAAAGGGCCACAGUACCACGAGAUCGGUAGAUCAAUCGCAACUCUGAUGACAGACGAGGUUUUCCAUGAUGUCGCUUACAAAGCCAAGGACCGCAACGAUCUGGUGGCCGGUAUCGAUGAGUUCCUGGACCAGGUGACAGUGCUGCCCCCAGGAGAAUGGGACCCAUCCAUUCGGAUUGAGCCACCAAAAAAUGUCCCAUCUCAGGAGAAGCGUAAGAUUCCGGCAGUGCCCAAUGGCACAGCUGAGCUCAACGAGCACGGCGGCCAUGGAGGCCCAGAGCUGCAGCGCACUGGCAGGCUCUUUGGCGGGCUCGUCAUGGACCUUAAGCGCAAAUUGCCGCACUACCUGUCGGACUACACGGACGCACUCAGCCUGCAGUGCUUGGCCUCCUUCCUUUUCCUGUACUGCGCCUGCAUGUCUCCUGUCAUCACCUUUGGGGGCUUGCUCGGGGAGGCCACCGAGGGUCGCAUUAGUGCCAUUGAAUCCCUGUUUGGAGCCUCCAUGACAGGGAUAGCAUAUUCCCUGGUUGCAGGCCAGCCUCUCACCAUACUGGGCAGUACAGGACCUGUGCUGGUGUUUGAGAAGAUAUUGUUCAAAUUUUGCAAGGAGUACGGGCUGUCCUACCUCUCGCUGAGAGCGUGCAUCGGACUGUGGACCGCGUUCCUCUGCCUGGUCCUGGUGGCCACGGACGCCAGCUCCCUGGUCUGCUACAUCACGCGCUUCACUGAGGAAGCCUUCGCCUCCCUCAUCUGCAUCAUCUUCAUUUACGAGGCCUUGGAGAAGCUGAUCCACCUGGGAGAAACCUACCCCAUCAACAAGCACAAUGACCUCGACAGACUCACCCAGUAUUGGUGUGCCUGUAAGCAGCUCGGACUCCAGCAAUGCACCCACUUUUGGAGACACACAUCACAAUCCGAGAUCUAUGGUGCUCUGGAUGCCCAGAUCUGUGAUCUCUCGUUUGUGAAUGCAGUCCUGUGGAUCCCUGUGGCACAGACCCAGGCUGUGAGGUUCCCUUUGCUGUUCCAGGACUGCAUAGAGAAACGAGGGGAGUUUGUGGGCAGCGCCUGCGGUCCCCAUGGCCCGUACGUCCCCGAUGUCCUCUUCUGGUCCAUUGUGCUCUUCUUCUCCACCGUCGCUAUGUCUGCUUUCCUCAAGGAGUUCAAGACAACCCGCUACUUUCCCACCAAAGUGAGAGCCAUCAUCAGCGACUUUGCCGUCUUCAUCACCAUCCUCACCAUGGUUUUCGUUGACUAUGCCUUAGGAGUCCCAUCUCCAAAGCUCCAAGUCCCCAGUAAGUUUAAGCCCACCAGAGAUGACCGCAAUUGGUUUGUCAACCCCUUGGGCCCCAAUCCCUGGUGGACCACGGUUGUGACAGUCAUCCCUGCCCUGCUGUGCACCAUACUUAUUUUUAUGGACCAGCAGAUCACAGCUGUGAUCAUCAACCGAAAGGAGCACAAACUCAAGAAAGGCUGUGGGUAUCACCUGGACCUGUUCGUGGUGGGGCUGAUGCUGGGCGUGUGCUCGAUAAUGGGCCUCCCCUGGUUUGUGGCAGCCACCGUGCUCUCCAUCUCCCACGUCAACAGCCUGAAGCUGGAGUCGGAGUGCUCCGCCCCCGGGGAGCAGCCCAAGUUCCUGGGCAUCCGGGAGCAGCGCUUCACCGGCCUCAUGAUCUUCCUGCUCAUGGGCUGUUCCGUCUUCAUGACCUCCGUCCUCAAGUUCAUCCCCAUGCCUGUGCUGUACGGAGUUUUCCUUUACAUGGGAGCUUCCUCGCUCAGGGGGAUUCAGUUCUUUGACCGUCUAAGGCUUUUCGGCAUGCCGGCAAAGCACCAGCCAGAUUUCAUCUACCUGCGUCACGUUCCCCUGAGGAAGGUCCACCUCUUCACCGUCAUCCAGCUUAGCUGCCUGGUCCUCCUCUGGGUCAUCAAGACUUCCAGGGCUGCCAUUGUUUUCCCCAUGAUGGUUCUGGCCCUGGUGUUUAUUCGGAAGCUCCUGGAUUUCGUUUUCACAAAGAGAGAGCUGAGCUGGCUGGAUGACCUCAUGCCGGAGAGUAAAAAGAAGAAACUGGAGGACGCGGAACGAGAGGAUGAACAAAGUAUUUUGGCUGAGGAGGAGGGAAUUGUCCAAGUGCCACUGGAAGGACAUUACAAGGCUGACCCCUCUACAGUGAACAUCUCUGAUGAAAUGUCCAAAACCUCUUUCGGGAACGUCUGGAAAGCCCUUGGCUCAGAAAGCUCCCAAAAAGAUCCCAGCUCAAAAAGUUUUCCCAAUAGCAUCUUGAAAAGACAGGAGAAGACGACGGACACAGAGAAGGGCUUUGACAGGGAGACAUGUCUGUGAUGUAUUCUCCGUCACUGUGCUUUCAAAUGAAUGGAUAUAGUGCGCACUGCAUUUGAGUAGACCAAGUGCGUACGUUUUUGUCAUGAAAGUCCACGUACGUACAUUGUGUAAAGCCCUUUUUCUCCCUCAGUGCAUCUGAAGCUAUGUCUGCGUUUUCAGGAAGCAAACAGGUGGCAUUUCAGAUAGGUUUAUUGUGUAUGUGCGUUUGUAAUACCAGCAACUUUAAGGGGCUGAUGUGGUAGAAAAAGAUAUCUGGAGAUGUGAAGCUAUCAGGACAUUACCCAAUGAUUACCCAGUGAUUGGGCCUGGUGGGUUAAGCUUUCCUUUAAAAUAAUGUUUUUAAAGCUGUUUUUAUUUUAAACUAAGUAGUAUGUAUUUUGUAUGUUUUGUAUUUUUUUUCUUCAAAAAUAAACAAAACUUGCCAAUAUCCUUUGGGAAUACCUUACACAGUAUUUUAAAAGAUCAUAUAUACAAUAGUUGCAAUGAUGGAUAGGGUCACCAGUUUUUCCAAAGCCAUUUUCUAACCUGCAUUUCAAUCAGCCCUCAGCAUGAGGUCAGUAGAGCCUUCUUUGAUUGCAUGUGUUUGAUAAUUGUCACAUUACACCUCCCCAGUUAAUUGGCACUUAAUGAUGAUUGACAGCAAUGUUCCCACACUGUCAUGUGCUAUACUCAGUGUGGUUAUUAGAAAUACAGACAUGUGGUAUCAUGUAAAGUAGCAUGUUUUCAUAGUGUUGUGCUAUGUUCUUGUUUUUUAAGCUGUGGGAAGUAGACUACACACAUAACAAGUGCAGUAAAUGUCACCUGUACAAAAAUGAUAAAUAGAUGGCUAUUUAUAAUAAUGGAAUAAUUUUCAGCUGGGGUUGUCUAAAAAGCCUAUAGUUUUAAACAGAUGUACUGAAAUAAAAGGAAAAUAUUUAAACUUUGUCAGUUUUAAUAGUAUCCUUUGUUGUUGCUAGACGAUGCUUGAUAUGAACUUACUAAGAGGUGCGCCUUUCUGCAUUGAUGGAGUUGGAAUGGAAAAGUAUUGUUUUGCUUUCUGUACAACACUUGGAAAGAUUUUCUUGCCUUUGUCCCAGAACUCCCUGAGAGUCAUUGCAGUUCAGCAUUCUUGUGAAAAUAAUUUGCGACUUAUGAGAUUUACUUGAGGUCAAACACUCUAACAAUCCAUUUUUGUACUGGUUGAAAGAAACAGUUUCUUUUGGUAGGGCAUCGGGGUUUGUAAUAUGUUUUUAGUUUCUCUGUGGCUUCUCUUUAUGUAUUGACGCAUUGGCUGUUUGUUGUUUUGACUGUGCUGUGAAUCUGCUGAACUAGUAUUUGAUAUAAAUUUUUAUGUUGCUCAUUCUUGUACGUUUCAUGUAUUCAUAUUUCUAGCUCCCAAGGCUUGCUUCACCCUUGCUCUAAACCCUUGCCACACAACAUCAGUAGCCCAUGGUGCACGCUUCUGCCUGUGUGGUUUAGUAGAGGGGAAUUCCCUGCCAUUGAAUGCCUGCUUAUUGAGAAAUGCAUGUCAUUUGGAGUUAUCCAGUUUGUCUAGUGGAAUGUUUGAAAAACAAAAAAUGCAUUAAAAAUGCUUUGAUCAAAUCAUGGAUGACAUCUAUCUCCCACUCAAAGCUGAUGUUCCCCUGAUGGCAGAUGAUUCCCUUGAACAAGACUUUGCUGUUUUUUAUUGUACAUUUUGAUCUGUGUUAUGUGCAUAUGUAUUGCGUGCAUGUAUGGAUAAACUGCGUAUACUGGACACUGGUGCACUUGGUUGCUGAGAUGCCUUUUUUAUUUGAAUUUCCUUGCUUGUUUACUUUUCUUAUUCUCCAUGAGUUAAGAAAACUAAUAAUAGAUUGCUUUUAUGAGUGUCAGAAUUAACCACUAAUUCUGUAAGUCAAGUCAUUUUGCUAACCCAGUGUCUAAGGAGGCUAUUGAUUGUAAUGCAAGUCUAAAUGCCGUUCGGUCAUGUGCUUUCGAAAAAAAUGGUGACCCUAAUAAAUAAAAAAUACCGAUUUCUGGCUACACACUUUAGCAUUAGGUCCUUAGCAUAUUAACUUUGCCAUAAUUAAAAUUGCACAAAUGUAUAGAAUACUCAUACAAGUUAUACAUGUAAUAUGCAUUAAUUGGACACUAGUUUCAUGUUAUGUAUAGAUAAGAAUAAUAAUUAUAUAAGUAUAAAUAUGCUUUUUCAUAAUUCAAUAAUUUUUGCUAUUCGCACUAUAGAGACCAUGCUUUGAACAAGCAGUUUGCUAAUGAAGUACCAAGCAAUCACGAAUGAGUAGGCAAUGAUGAAAAUGACGAAAAAUCUAAAUAAAGAUCCAUUCAGCCAUUAUCUAUACCUGCUUAUUCCUGGACAUGCUUGCGGGAGGCGCUGGAGCCUAUCCCAGCUUGCUAAAAUGAAGAUACAUGUACUGUAUGUUUCUUACUUCACUUCUGUUGAGUCAAUGGGCUCAUUAAAGCUUUAGGAUAGUUACAUUUUGAAAGUUUUAAUUUGUGUCAUCUUGGUAUUCAAUCAAAUGUGUGAGCUUUCUUUGUUGAAAUGAAGCCACCUAGAAUGAAUCAUCAAGGCUAACUUGCCUUUGAAAAUAUACUGACCUACAAAAAUAAUUUUCAAGUUCAAAAGGAGUUUUAGAGCAAUAGGGUUUAGAACAGCCCUGAUCUAAGCAUCUUCUUUACAACAGCUAAGGACCACACACACACACACAUAGCACAGGGGACAGAAUAAAUUGUACUGACCGCUAGUCUUAACGCAAGCGAAGUUCAAUUGAUGAAUACAGCACUAGGGCUGUACGUUUUGAAAUAUUCACCUGAGAAAUGGGGACAUACACACAAGAUGCAUGCCCCUCCUCAUAGCUUGCUCUUUUUCCAGUUUAUUAUUUCCGGUGUAAUUACUGUAACAUUCUCUCACAAUAAAAUGAGAAUCGUUGUAUGUAUGUAUAAUUAGCCAGACCAGUGACCAUUCCAUUCGCCAUUGUUACAUAUACAAAUUAAACUGUUGUUUUUGUUUUGUUGAAUAUGCUAUAAGGCUUUAUGUAGAACAUUUUCCAGUGAAAAGCUUUGGAUUAAAGCUCUGUCUAAGUAUUAGGGCUUGAAUUGACUGGAAUGGAGACAUUCCUGUCUUGGCCUUAGGAAACCUUGAUACCGGUACUGUAAUUAUAUUGUUUCCACAAUGUGAAAGUAUGACAAGCUUCAGCAACAUAAUUCAGCUUUCAGCACUGGCUUUCAUGUAUCAAUGUUUACUGUUAUGACACAAGUUUUCACAUGUUAAUAACUGGCCUGUUCAAUUCAGUUCAACUACAGUGUGUGUUGUCAUCAGCACUGAAUAAUGACUUCUACUUUUUUGUUUCUAUGUAACAUUAAAGGUAUACUAUGUAGGAUUUUGCAGCCCUUGUAGACUCUGUGUUUAUAAACCCCACUCACACCACCCACAUCUCCGUUGAGGAUACACCUUUGAGCGCUACAUGCAAAAUGUCAAGUGAAGAGGUGAGGUGGUAUAGAAAAUAUCAUUUUAGUAGCAUGAAUGAUUCCAUAUAGAUGGUAACAGUAAUUAUGCACUGUUAUAACAAUCUUUACACUGAGUGCACCCCUUACUGUGUGGGAACAUGUUACGGUAGCUAUUCCGUAGUGCUGGUGCAGCUAUUUUGUGUUUUUCUUUGUUUGGUAUUUAGCUAUUCCAGGCCCUGUUUCAGGAAGCAGGAUUACUGAGUUAGCUGGAUAACUGCACUGAGUAAAACUCAGAACCAUCCAAAAUCUAGAACAUCGAAUGAAAAAGAGAUUUUCUGGGUUUUACUCCAUGCAAUUAUCCAGCUGUAUCUAGGGUUCUUAGCAUCUGUCAUUGCAGCAAAUUAGCAACAAAAACUUAAUUGGAAUCUGAUCCCAAAACACAAGCUUUGUAGCCAUGAAAAGAGCACAGAAAAAAAGCACAGAACAGAGCGCCAAAAUGUUUAAAGACUGAGGGCCAGUGUAUCAUAGAAAUGCCUUAGCAUGGUUAUUUUAUAAUAUUUUCAAAUUAAAAAUCCUGCAUAGUAUGCCUUCAGAUUUAUGGUUACUGAAAUGUUUGGAAAAUGUUAUGUAAGAAAUAAGAAACAUGUCAAAACUGCUUGAAUUUGUUACUCAAGGACAUGGAACAUUGUGAUUAUUCUGAAUAGAGGCCUUAGUUAAGAGAUCAUAUUCUUUACCUGAAAAAUUGUGUUUGAAUAACAAUAAACUUAUAUGGGGUGUUCUGCUCUGAACUAAAUGUAUUCAAUAACUGUAAAUGUGAGGAGAACACAUCUUGAAAGAAUUCAUUAGAAACAAUAGAAGCAAUAGUAUUUUUACUAUUCAGGCAAAUGUAUGACAUUUAUUGUACUUUAUUAAAUAAAUGCUAGAAUUCCUUUGUAAAAUAAUAUAAUUUUGUUCAAACAAAUACCUAAAUAAAAUGUCUUUAUGUAAUGUGUUGCUUUCUUUUAAAUUUUAAAAGGCAUAAAAAACUUUUGAAUUCAAA